ACACACGGGGUCAUUCUCUCUUGUUUCACUCGUGUGGAAUGAAAUGCAACACUUCCAGCAGACAAGGUGAGCGCUGCUUGCUUUCUCUUGUGAGGAGGAGCUUUAAAGGGCAGUGUAAUAAAUAAAAUAAAAAAAGAGGUACCUGGACCACAGAUGACCUGUGAAGAGAGGAAGACACACUGCUGUUUAAAACGCUUAUCCUUUCACCUCAUCGUUACAUAAGAUGGAAUACAGAGGCAGCGUCAGACCUUUUGUUCACUUCAACGCCAAAAAGGAUGCUGAAUUUCUCCAUAAGGCAAUGAAAGGAAUUGGUACAGAUGAAGAUGCCAUUCUCAUGGCUCUGACUGCCCGCAGCAAUGAUCAACGUCAGCAGAUUAAAGCAGCUUAUAAAAAAGCCUACGGGAAGGACUUAGUCAGUCAGCUGAAAUCUGAGCUCGGUGGGCUGUUGGAGAACCUGAUCGUGGCACUGAUGAUGCCUCCGGUCUUAUAUGAUGCGACUCUACUACACAAGGCUCUGAAGGGCGCGGGGACUGAUGACCAAGUACUGAUUGAGAUCUUGGCCUCCAGGACUGGUGAACAGAUAAAAGAAAUCAUCAAAGUCUACAAGAAAGAGUUUGGUGGCAAAUUGGAGAAGGAUAUCAGCAGUGACACCGGCGGGUGCUACGGCAGACUGUUGGUGAUCCUGCUGCAGGGGAGCCGGGAGGAGACAGUGGAAGAGGACAAAAUUGAAAAUGACGCCAAGGACCUGUAUGACGCCGGCGAGGCCAAGUUUGGCACCGACGAGGAGAAAUUCAUCACAAUACUUGGCAACAGGAGCUCAGAGCAUCUCCAGAAAGUGUUCGAUGCGUACAAGAAGCUCUGUGGCUCUGACAUAGAGGACAGCAUCAAAGGCGAGACCACGGGGAACCUGGAAGACUUACUGCUAGCUGUUGUGAAAUGUACCAGAAAUGUGCCGGGCUUUUUUGCUGAGAGUCUCUAUAAAUCCAUGAGGCGAGCUGGAACUGAUGACGACACCCUGAUGAGGAUAAUGGUGUCGAGGAGUGAGGUGGACAUGUUGGACAUCAGGGCAAACUUCAAGAAGAUGUACGGACAAUCUCUGUAUACUACCAUCCAGGAGGACACAGCAGGAGACUACCAGAAGGCGUUGCUGUACCUCUGUGGUGGGAAGGAUUAAUGUCUGAGAGAAGAGCCGCUGUGAGACAGCUCUGCUCACAAGGAACAAGAUAUCGACCCGUGUUCUUCUUCCUUUCUGACUUUACUGUUGAUUGAAUUAAUGGAAAUUACCCACAUAUCACUUUAGACAGCAUAUCUGCAGCAUGGAUGUCACAUUCAUUUAUUCAUUAAACCUCUUUCAGUGAUUGGUGGAGAUGCAGGCUUGGUUUUAAGAUGGGGAAUAGCAUUAACUGUUCCUUAAAUGUUAGUGGAUCAAUCUAACACACUUGCUUCUAGUCAAGUUCACAUUGCUGGCAUUUGGUUACUUCAUUUGUGCCCUUUAUAGAUGUUCAAUUGGCUCAUAAAAUACAAAACUGCUGAUCAAUGAUUUAAGCAACAUGUCCACAGCACAGUUGGUGUCAUUAAUUACAAAUGAGACACUGACCCCGAAUAGUCCUUCAAACCUGCUGUCAGCAACCACAAGUGUUAGAAGGGCACUACGCACGUAUUGACUUAAAUUAGGACCUUUCUAUGAAGGGCACCUGUCUUAAAUAAUCCAUAGGAGAUGACAAAUGGUCCAGGUUGCUGAAGCUGAACCACAUGGUGGCAGCAAAGUUUAGAAUCUGGCCCACAUCUCCCCACAGUGGCUUUAAAAAAACAGCCUUAACUCUUUACUGUAAAAAAAAAAAAGCUUUUUAUUUUUAACUUUAGACAUUUAUUAAAAGGCCCUGAAACUAAAUGACUGAGAUAAGUCAAAGUUUUCUCAAACUGUUAUAGAUUUUAUUGGUUUAUCACACAUUUCCA